CGCCUCAGUAAGACCACGAGCGAUUGAGUGAAAACACUGCCGCCCCAGUGGUUUCUUUGCGGUCAGGAGACGGCAAUGUUACGAGUGGGAGGCUGGGGCGCCGCCAAGGUGGUGGUGGUGCUGGCGGUGUGGUCAGCGAGCGUCGCCAGCUGCCUCGCCAUGCCAGGCGCGGACCCGGCGUGCGGUGCGCUAGGGCCCGGUGAGUGCAUGGCGAGGACCAGCAAGUGCAAGCUGGUGAAGGAACUGGUCAAGGGCAAGGGCGGACACGUCAAGCCGGUCUUGGACUGCGCCACGACUCUUGGAAUCCCUAAGAUGCAGGUCGUUGGCAAGAUUGGGCCGGCCUUCGCGGAGGGCAAGCCGGAAACCAUCGUGGACCGCAUCACCAACGACAGUGCCCUCUCGGCGCAGCUCCACCUGUGCGUGUACAAGGCGAGCGGUCUGGUCGCCCCGGACGGCACCAUCGCGCGUCAGGCCAUGAUCAACAAGCUCACGGCGCGGGGAGUCUACACCCACCCCACCAUUAUUGACAACGUGGCGGCUGCUCUCUCCGCUUGCCCUGAGCCUCCCCCCGCCAAGGUGGAGGAGUACUUGAAGUGCGUCAGGAACACGUGUAUACAGCAGAUGCCGCCGUCCGUCUCCUCACUUCCAACUUUCGGCCUCGAGGAGGAUGGCGAUGAUGGCGACAAGAAGUGCAAAGGAAAGAAGUGCAAAAAACACUGAGGUGGUCUUAAGGACUGAAAAAUCCUUGCUUGAGCGGCGGGCGGGACGCGAACGCUGGUCCUCCUGAACGCCGAGCCGGCAUGCAAACCACUAAGCCAGCGCCUCCCCAGCAGCAGUAGUUGUAGUAGUAAUCAGUAUUAUACUCAUCAUUGUUAUACGCCACAUAAGAAAAUGACUUUGUUUGUAAUUUAAAAGUGCUAAAUAACCGAUAGAUAUUGUUUUUU